CCUAUUUUAUCACAGCUUACUAAUUACUCAACUUCUCUAUAUCAGACUACAUGUAGAGAGAGAAACUCAAGGCACGGCCUGAAGGAGCAACUGAGAGAUCCAGAUCUGCCGCUACUUCAAUGGCUUCCAAGAUCUUACUCAUCAUUGUCUUCAUUUUCGAUCUCAUAGCUUUCGGUUUGGCAGUUGCUGCUGAGCAGAGAAGAAGCACGGGCACAACAGAGAGAGAUAGUGAUGAUAACUAUAAAUACUGUGUUUACAGCUCCGAUAUUGCAACUGGGUAUGGUGUUGGUGCGUUUCUAUUGUUGAUGGCAAGUCAAGUGAUUAUAAUGGCUGCAAGUAGAUGCUUCUGCUGUGGGACUCCGCUGAAACCUGGAGGUUCAAGGGCUUGUGCUGUUCUUCUUUUCAUCUUCUGCUGGGUUACAUUCCUCAUUGCUGAGGCUUGUCUUCUUGCUGGUUCCGUGAGGAAUGCUUAUCACACCAAGUACAGAAGAAUGUUCUUCGAUCAGGAGCCCUCUUGCGAGACUGUGAGGAAGGGAGUGUUUGCGGCAGGAGCAGCUUUCACUUUAUUCACUGCCAUUGUCUCUGAAUUUUACUAUGUCAGUUAUUCCAAGUCCAGGGGAAGUUACAGGGCUCACGGAGGAGACGCUGCAGUCGGCAUGACAGCCUUUAAGUGAGUGUCACCAAAGCAGUCAUUUAGUGGUGGGAUCUGAAGCAUCAUAUAUUGUUCUUUGGUACUCAUCUUGCUUUAGGAAUCAUAUUCUAGUUUAGUUGCUCUACAUAUAUAUAUAUAUAUAUGUAACAAGAUACCUAUUGUUUUGAUCUGUUCGGCCAUGUACAAUUCUUUUUUCUUCUGUGUGGAUAUAUUGUGUGCCCUUCUCUGUUUCUUUA